GGAAAGAAAUAAUAAUAAUAAUAAUUGUUAUUAUUUCAUCUUCUUUCUUUCCCUUAAAUUUGAGCUCAAGGAAAAAAGAACAAACAUCAAUGGCGAUUGAGAUUGAGAUUGAGCAAAAUUCAAGUGUUGAACUUUCGCGAAUUGGAACGUCGGAAACACACGGUGAAGAUUCGCCGUAUUUUGCUGGCUGGAAAGCGUAUGAUGAAGAUCCUUAUAAUGAAUCAACAAAUCCUUCUGGUGUUAUUCAAAUGGGCUUAGCUGAGAAUCAAGUGUCAUUUGAUUUAUUGGAGGAAUAUUUGGAGGAAAACUGUGAGGGAGAAGGGAAUUAUUUAAAUUCUGGGUUUCGAGAAAAUGCUUUGUUUCAAGAUUAUCAUGGCCUUUUCUCAUUUAGAAGUGCAAUGGGAAGUUUUAUGGAAGAAAUUAGAGGUGGAAGAGCAAAAUUUGACCCAAAUCGAGUUGUUUUAACUGCUGGUGCCACUGCUGCCAAUGAGCUUCUUACUUUCAUUCUUGCAAAUCCUGGUGAUGCUUUGCUUGUCCCCACUCCUUACUAUCCUGGAUUUGACAGAGAUUUGAGAUGGAGAACAGGAGUGAAAAUUGUACCAAUUCAUUGUGACAGUUCAAACAAUUUUCAAAUAACUCCAAAAGCAUUAGAAGAAGCUUAUAAUUCAGCAACGGAAAUGAAAAUCAAAGUAAGAGGAGUUUUAAUCACAAACCCAUCAAAUCCACUCGGAGCAACGAUCCAACGGUCCACAAUCGAAGACAUUCUAGAUUUCGUUACACGCAAAAACAUCCAUCUCGUAUCCGACGAAAUCUAUUCCGGUUCCGUUUUCUCCGACGAGUUCACAAGCGUCGCCGAGGUUUUGGAAUCUCGCGGCUAUAAAAACGCCGAACGUGUACACAUCGUCUACAGUCUCUCCAAAGACCUCGGCCUUCCCGGGUUCAGAGUCGGCACGAUCUAUUCAUACAACGAUAAAGUCGUCACCACCGCUCGCCGGAUGUCUAGCUUUACGCUUAUAUCUUCACAAACGCAACGGUUUUUAGCGUCCAUGUUGUCGAACCGGAAGUUCACGGAGAAUUAUAUUAAAAUGAACCGGGACCGGCUCAAGAAACGGUAUGAGAUGAUAAUUGAAGGGCUGCGAACCGCUGGGAUUGAAUGUUUGGAAGGGAAUGCCGGUUUGUUUUGUUGGAUGAAUUUGAGCCCGUUGUUGAAAGAUAAAAAAACCAAAGAAGGUGAAAUUGAGAUAUGGAAGAGGAUCUUGAAGGAAGUGAAAUUGAAUAUUUCGCCCGGUUCAUCAUGUCACUGCUCUGAACCCGGUUGGUUCAGGGUUUGUUUUGCUAAUAUGAGUGAAAAAACGCUGCAUGUUGCGCUUGACAGAAUACGUCGGUUCAUGGAACGGAUGAAGAAGGAAAACGAAGCUAAUUAAAAAAAUAUUUAAAAAUAUAUAUAUAAGAAGAAAAAAAAACAGAUGUAGUUUAUUUUAUUUUAUUUUUUACAAUGGUUAUGAGAAAAAGAAAAGAAAAAAAAGAGAAAAAAACCAUUGUGAUUCUUUUGUGUGGACAGUGCCCAAUAUUUGUUAGAAAUUUGGGGUUUUUUGUCUUCAUUUAUACGUCAUAUUUUGAUGGUUUAAACUGAGGAAAAAAAAAAAGAAAUCCUUUGUUUUCUUGCUUUUAUCAAAGCAAGUUUUAUUUCUCAGUUAUAAUAUAUAUAUAAAGUUUCUAUUUGUAUUUGUAUUUUUA